UUUUAGCUAUUUGGUCACACUUUUGGUGCUCUCCAAAUAAAUUGCAGACAAUUUGUCUGAUUCUCCGUAAAAAUAUAAACAUAUAAAGUAUGGACAGCCACAACGAUCUGUCAGAUGAGUUAAUAAGACGUCUUAGCGGUGGUGGUGGCCUGGAGGAAGUGAUAUCCAGCGAGAUUUUUGAAGAGACGAAUAUAUACGAGGAUGCAAAUGAUGUGGAGAACGAGCCAGAUGACAUUAUCAUCGUGCACAUGGACAUUCGAGAACCGCUUAGCACACUCAAAAAGCUUGUGGAGCAAAAAAUUGGCGUUGAGCUAAACUACUAUACAUUUUGCCUACAGGAUGCGCAGGAGCUGGAGCCUCAUAAGAACUUGGUCGAUCAGUGCGUCAAGGGCGAAGGUCUAGUGCAGAUCAAUGUCCAAAUCCAGACUACGCACAAAAAGAUAAACAUUGCGGAUGUUCUGAAGCCCACAGAGGCAGCGCUGGCCACCCUGGCCAUCGAGGAGGCUGCCCAGCUCAGUGCCCAAGACACCAACAGCAGCGGCAAGAGCUCUACCAGCGGCAGUCCCAGCAAGGUCAGCAAAAAGCGUAAGCAGAAAACCGACGAAACAUGUGAUGUAGAUGUCAUGGAAGAGGACAAGGAUGCCGAUGUGGAGGUAACCAAGCCCGUGCUUAACUGGGUGCUGGAUAGCAAGUUCAAACGGGAGCAAAUCCGCCUCAAAAUACCUGAAGCAGUGAGUGAAUGGACGCCUGCGCAUGUCGCCCACUGGCUGGAGUGGGCGGUCAAAGAGUUCGACCUGCGUGACCUCAACAUGGACGAGUGGCGAAUCACGGGCCAGGCGCUGUGUGCCAUGACGCACGAGCAGUUUAGCCGGAAGCUGCCUCGUGAUCCGGGCAAUGUAUUCUGGACACAUCUACAGCUGCUCAAGGAGUGCAAUUUCGUGUCCGUGGUGCACAAGCAAGCCGAGGAACUACGCAAGCCGAAGCAAUCCAAAGCGACGGCAGGUGCCAACAUACCCGGAGUGGGCUUGGAGCAGCGUAUUAUGCGCAAAUCCUUUCAAAGCGUUAAGAGCAAUGAUUCCUCCGAUAGCUCGCCGGCGCCACAAAGUCCCAGUCAUCAUAACAGCAUCGGAUCUGGCAACAAUGGCCAGGUGCAGCUCUGGCAGUUUCUGCUCGAGAUCCUCACUGACAGCGAGCACACGGACAUCAUCGAGUGGGUGGGCACAGAUGGCGAGUUUAAGCUAAGCGAUCCGGAUCGCGUUGCCCGUUUGUGGGGCGAAAAGAAGAACAAGCCCGCCAUGAAUUACGAGAAACUUUCUCGAGCACUACGUUACUACUAUGAUGGUGAUAUGAUAUCCAAAGUGUCUGGUAAGCGUUUCGCCUACAAGUUCGACUGUGAUCUGAAGCUGCUGAUAGGUUAUGAUGCCAGCGAGCUGUCGCGCUUGGUUAAUGAGCGCAAAUGGGCCGGCCAUCUGCAGGCGGCGCAGAAGGAAGCCGAUGCCGAUGCGACAUGACAGCCGGUCACUGGUGUCAAGCGAGAGCCCGAUAUCCUGUGGAAGUACGAGGCGCCAUAACGCUGGCUAAAAUGGUUCGCUGUUCCCUUAUUGGCCAGAUUAAUUGAACUGCAUUUAAAUAUUUGUAGGCACAUGAUUUUAUUGUUCACUUUGUUCAUAAUAUAUUAUAGUUAUUCACUAAGCAUUAUAAUCUCCGUCUCUAUAAGCUAUCGCUAUAAAUAUCAUAUAUGUAGGUACUGUAACUAUCUAUAUAGUAGGUAUCAUAUAUGUUUAGGCAUUAUAUCAUAUAUUGUUCGAUUAUACGUUGGCGAUUUUUGUAAAAUCCAUAAAAUUAAAAACAGAAAUCCAUUUUCCACGCGA